GAGUGCAAUCUUGUAGGUUCUACUAGUUGAUAAUAUUAUAUUAUUAAAAGUUAAAAGCAAUAAUAUCGUAAAGAAGAUGAUCUAUAUCCACAUAAUCCAUGUAUCAUGUGAGAAGUAGGAUUUAUAAGAAUCUUACAAGUUACAAAUUCACCCAAACUAUUUCUCGUCUAAUUUGUUAUUUCUGUAAAAUCUUCAAAUCUCGCAGAGAACAAAAAAAUUAGGGUUUCAUCAAAUUAGAAAAAAAAAAUGCAUAGACUGUUGAUUGGGUUACAAACUAGCAUGAACACAAUGCAAGAAGAGAUUAUUAGUGCAGUAGUACCAUUAUUAAAGCUGUUAUCACUCACUGUUAUUGGAUUAAUACUUGCUCACCACAAAACACAAAUAAUCCCCAAAGCCACAUUUAAGUUGUUAAGCAAGUUAGUAUUUGCUCUGUUUUUACCCUGCCUUAUAUUCAUCGAUUUAGGCCGAUCGAUUACGCUGCGUAAUCUUUUUCUCUGGUGGUUUGUUCCUGUGAAUGUGGUAGUUAGUAUGCUGUUAGGGUUCUUGUUGGGUGUUGUGGUUGUGUUGUUGUGUCGGCCGCCACCGCAGUUUAGGAGGUUUACGAUCGUUAUGACCGCGUGUGGGAACACGGGGAAUCUUCCGAUUGCGAUACUGGGCUCGCUUUGUCAUAGUGAGGAUAACCCGUUUGGGCCGAAUUGUCACCAACGAGGUGUUGCGUAUGUGUCGAUCGCGCAGUGGAUAUCGGUUGUUCUUGUGUAUACUCUUGUUUAUCAUAUGAUGGAGCCUCCUGUUGAGUAUUAUGAGAUUGUCGAAGAAGAAAAUGUUGAAAGUUGUGGCGGUGGUGGUGGUGGUGGUUUCGGGCCGUUGGUUGUUGAAGCCGAAUGGCCGCCUGGCGUUGAGGAGACCGAAAUUUCAACGAAACCGUUUAAAGAUUAUUCGCGUAAUGAAAAUGACGAAGAAAUACAAGUGACUGAAAACAGAACGGAACCCAUAAGUUCGAAAAUGGUUAAGAAGGUUAGACUUGUUGCGGAAAAGACUCCGAUCAAGAACAUUUUUCAACCUCCAACAAUAGCGUCUCUGCUAGCUAUAAUCAUCGGCUCGAUCCCUCAUGCGAAGUCUUUUGUUUUCGGACGUGACGCACCGCUCAGUUUCAUAACCGACAGUUUGGAGAUCUUGGGUGGGGCCAUGGUGCCUUCGGUUAUGCUUGUGUUGGGGGGUAUGCUUGCUGAGGGACCGUACGUGUCAAAACUUGGACUCAAAACAACGGUUGGUGUGAUUGUGGCUAGAUUGUUGGUGCUUCCAGUAUUUGGAAUCGGAGUUGUUGGUUUGGCUGAUAAGAUGCAUCUUCUUAUUGCCGAUGACGCGAUGUAUAGAUACGUGCUUUUGUUACAGUAUGCAACCCCGAGUGCGAUUCUUUUGGGAGCUGUUGCGAGAAUGAGAGGUUAUGCUGUUAGUGAAGCCUCUGCGCUUUUGUUUUGGCAACAUGUGUUUGCACUCUUUUCACUUUCGUUUUACAUAUUCGCCUACUCUAAACUGGUAUCGGUUGUAUAAAGCGCGUUUUUGGAUUUUGUAAGAGGCCUUUAAAUCUUGUGAAAGACGGCGAAAAAGAAAGCAUGGUGAUUCAACAUUGGGAACCAUAUAAAUUAAUCAGCAUAUCCGAACUGUUGGAUGAUGGCCAGAGCUACUUAAGCAACAAUCUCGAUGAUGUUUUCAGAGCUUUGUAGAACGCAGUUGAAGAUUCUGGGCUUCGUUCAACUGGUAUUAUUUUUACUACUAUGAUGAUUUUAGACGCUAUGCUUCAUGAUACGAUCCAUUCUUGAAAAUUUGUGGUUUGCAUAUUUUUGUUGAUACGCUGCAUAUAAAUGAUCAUAUUUGUGAGUGAAAAUCGAACAUUACAUUUUUUUUUU